AUGGGCGAAAUCGACCACUGGGACAGCACUUUCAGUAUCAAGUCCUUGCAAGCGGUGGAUAUAUAUUCCUCGGGAUUCGUCCUUUAUGAUAUAUUGACUGGAGGGUCGAUGUACCGAAAAAUGCAGGAGAUGUUCGGCAUGGCGACUGCUGUUAACCUGGACAGUAAACACGAAAAUCCCCUGGUUUCAACAGUAGAUUACAUGGAGAUUGCCGAAUUGGCUAGUGCCAUUCAUAGCUGCCUAAGCGCCAAUCUCGAGGACCGACCAAACAUUAAGCAGCUUCGCACCCAGCUGCAGGAAUUGUCGCCGUUACUUUCGCCGGAGUUGAACCAAUACAAAUUGUUUGAUAAGAUUUAUCAGCGAUUGUGCCAGCAUUCCAACAGACUGGAGCGCGAAGUUACCGCUCGGUCCAGAGCAUUGCGAGACGCCAAGAGACGCUGCGAUGUGCUUAUACAGCAGUUUCUGCCAAAGGAAAUCGUGGACAAGCUACGCACAGGUCAAUGUGUCGAUCCCGAACUCUUCGACUGCGUCACAAUCCUAUUCACCCAAUUGGACGGUUUUGGGGAUUUUGCACGCGCUGCAUCACCGGGAGAGAUCUUUGCUUUGAUUUCCAGAACGGAAGAUUUCCUGGAUGUCUUGUCCGUUGUUAGGGAGGUCUAUAAAGUCGAAUCCGUUAUGGAUUCCGUUUUGCAUCGCGAAUGUGCAGCCAUGGAUUGCCGGGAAGAAUACAUCUCAGUGGCGUGUCCGCAGCACUUUUGA